AAAGCUGACUAGCAAAAUCUAUUACUAAAAGCUAAUGAGUACAAUUUGCAAACGCUUGUGACCAUAAUGGCAAGGAGUAGGUCAACGACAACAAGCGCUUUCUUCUUCCUCUGCCUUUACUCUUCGUUUUAUCUCACUGCUUCAACAACUCCUCUCUUCCCCAAAGACGCCCUCCCCACCAAAUCUGGCUACCUUCCUGUCAACCACGCCACUGGUUCUGCUAUUUUUUAUGCCUUCUAUGAAGCUCAAACCCCCACUUCCCCUCUCUCCAAAACCCCACUUCUCAUUUGGCUCCAAGGUGGCCCUGGAUGCUCCUCCAUGAUUGGCAACUUGUUUGAGCUCGGACCAUGGCGUGUUGUCUCUUCUCACAUGAAAAACGCUCAUAAUUUGACUCUUGAGCGCAAUCCAGGUUCUUGGAACCGCUUAUUUGGUCUUCUUUUUCUCGAUAAUCCUAUUGGAACAGGGUUUAGCAUUGCAUCGACGCCGCAAGAAAUUCCCAGAGACCAACUUUCUGUUGCCAAGCAUUUGUUUGCUGCUAUCACUGGUUUUACCUCAUUAGAUCCGUUGUUUAAGGAUCGUCCUAUUUAUAUUACUGGUGAGAGUUAUGCAGGAAAGUAUGUUCCUGCAAUCGGGUACUAUAUUUUGAAAAAAAAUCCCCAAUUGCCGGUUUCACGAAGAGUGAACUUCAGGGGCGUCGCUAUAGGUGAUGGGCUAACGGAUCCGGUCACCCAGGUGACAACUCAUGCAGACAAUGCUUACUAUUGUGGUUUAGUCAACGAGAGGCAAAAGGGUGAACUUGAGGAAGCACAAAGGGAGGCUGUUGAGUUGGUUAAGAUGGGGAACUGGAGUGAAGCAACAAAUGCUAGAAGCAAGGUCUUAAGCAGGCUACAAAACAUGACUGGUUUAGCCACAUUGUAUGACUUCACAAAGAAAAUCCCUUACCAGACAGAAUUUGCUGUCAGGUUUCUUAACAUAGCUGAGGUAAAGAGAGCAUUAGGAGUGAAUGAAUCCAUGGUUUUCGAGGAGUGCAGCGAUGUUGUUGGGGAUGUAUUGCAUGAAGAUGUGAUGAAGAGCGUGAAGUACAUGGUGGAGUUCUUGGUGAAGAAUAGCAAGGUACUGUUGUAUCAAGGGCUAUAUGAUUUAAGGGAUGGUGUGGUAUCAACAGAGGCAUGGGUGAAGACCAUGAAAUGGGAAGGGAUUGAGAAGUUCAAGAUGGCUGAUAGAGUGAUUUGGAAAGUAAACGGAGAGCUUGCAGGGUACCUGCAAAAAUGGGGGAGCUUGACCAAUGUUGUAGUUUCAGGAGCAGGCCAUCUUUUGCCUGCUGACCAAGCUUUGAAUUCUCAGGCUAUGACUGAGGAUUGGGUUUUGGAGAAGGGCCAAUUUGGUGGAAAGCAAAGAGGAUCAUCGACAAAAUUCAGGGCAACACUCUAAAAUGUUAUUGCUCUUAAACUUGUUCUUUAUCUAAUUUUCAGGGAAAAUUCUGGAUUACUGCUUUGCUUUACUCUACUCAGCUGCUGUGGUUUGAGGAUUGAGAAUCAAGAUAAAAGAAAUGGAGAAGGGAAACAGGCAAGUAGUUGUUUCAACAUUGCAAUUCGCUUGCACCGACGAUGUGCCCACCAAUCUCGCCACUGCCGAAAGGCUGGUUAGGGCUGCUCAUGCAAAGGGAGCAAAUAUCAUUCUUAUUCAGAGACUUGGUACAGAAAACCAGAGAACUGCUGCUACCAAUGGGACAUUGAGAUAGGAACUUGCUGCUGCACAGCAUGAGUUGCAGAUCUUGCAUGCUCAGAUAGGAGCUGUAACAUCUGAAAGAGAACAACAAAUGAGGAGCCUUACGGAUAAAAUAGCUAAGAUGGAAGCAGAACUGCAAGCAGCUGAGCCUGUUAAGGUAGAGUUGCAGCAGGCACACUCUGAUGCUCAGAAUUUGGUGCUCUCUUUAUGUUAUAAGCUGGACAUUGUUAUAAUAGAAUGUUCUUUCAAUUUUAAAACUGUAUGAGCAAAAUGAAAUGGACUAGGAGUCUAGGAUACUGCAAAUGAGUAAUCACUUUGAUAAUAAGUAUUCUUUAAUGAAAUCUUCUACAUAUUCAUUAAUGUUUUUUGUCAUUGAGUUUAAGUGGAUUAUAGGUUAAUUGUAUUUAUUGUUCUAGAGGCUACACUAGGUAUCAACUUUAGCACGAUGACUUGUUUAAUUAUUGGUUAUAUUCUUAUUUCUUUUAA